GCUGCCUGCGAAAGGUGGAGUUUGUCUGUCUUUCUUUCCUUUCCGGGACGGGAGUCGGCUCAGCUGCCAGGCGGAUUAGAGGCUCAAUCCCUUUUUGUUGAUUUGGAAGAUAGAGUUGCUGGAGUACUCCCAGAUCUUGCACCCGGUCCUUCUGGGGUAAUACAACCCUAUCCAGACUUCUCUACUGCUGCUCCGCCGGGAGUGGGGGUGGUGUCAGUAUCUUCACCAGAACUUUUGCCAACAUGAAUGUGGAGAAUCAGGAUGUGCUGCUCGAGGUGGAACAAGAAAGGGAAGACGACGAAGGGGAGGGAGACGAAGAGGAUGGGGAACUUGGACAUCUUGGUUUCUGUUCAGCCUUGCCAUAACAGCAGAGGGUAGCUCCCAGAGCUCUGUAUGAGAAUCUAAGGCCAAUACAAGUUGGAAACAACAUGGAACAAUUGCCAGUAUUAGAAGAAGUGCAGCAAACUAUUUUCCCCAACUAUGGAACAGCAUCUAACCAGCAAAUUCUUCAUACACCGGAAUGGGCAGAGUUUAAUCAGAACCCUGAAUCCCUGUACUUUAAUGAUGGCCAGAGAAGAAUUGAUUUUAUUUUAGUGUAUGAAGAUGAGAGCAGAAAGGAAAAUCGAAAGAGGAGCUUUAAUAAAAAGCAAAAGAGGAAAAGAGAAGUAUACGAGUCUAACUUGAUAACCCGUGGUUUGCAGCUGGAAGCAACAAGGUCGAUCUUGGAUGAAAAAGUAAUCUUCGUAAAAGUGCAUGCGCCUUGGGAAGUGCUGUGCACGUAUGCAGAGAUUAUGCACAUCCAUCUGCCUCUGCAGCCCAAUGACCUGAAAGUCCAGGACUCUCCAUUUAGCUGGAUUACUAGAUUCUUCAGUGUGAAUGAAAAUAUCAUCAAACCGGAGAAGGAGUUUUUUACCGCUCCAUUUGAAAAUGAACGUUUGUCAGACUUUUACAUUCAGGACAAAAGCACAUUCUUCAGUCCAGCAACAAGAAGUCGUAUAGUUCAUUUUAUUCUCUGUCGUGGGGAAUAUGCAGUAAGAGACAAUGUGAAAAAGUUUGGAAUCAACAAGCUACUGGAUUCUGGGAUCUAUAAAGCAGCCUUUCCACUUCAUGAUUCCAGAUUCAAUCACCAGUCACAGGACCCUAGCUGCCCCAAUGAGCGGUACCUGUUAUAUAGAGAAUGGGCCCAUCCUCGAAACAUUUUCAAAUUGCAACCUUUGCAUUUUAUCAGGAAAUAUUACGGUGAGAAAAUUGGAAUCUACUUUGCUUGGCUGGGUUUCUAUACUCAGAUGUUACUCCUGGCAGCAGUGGUUGGACUUGGAUGCUUUUUGUAUGGGUAUUUUACUAAGGACAACUGCACUUGGAGCCAAGAGGUAUGUGACCCUAACAUAGGUGGCAACAUUAUCAUGUGCCCACAGUGUGAUCAAGAAUGUACUUACUGGAACCUCAACAUCACCUGUGAAUCAUCCAAGAAGCUUUGUAUAUUUGAUAGCUUUGGAACACUGGUGUUUGCAGUAUUUAUGGGAGUAUGGGUUACUUUAUUUCUAGAAUUUUGGAAACGACGGCAGGCUGAGUUGGAAUAUGAAUGGAAUACUGUGGAGUUCUUAGAGCAAGAAGAACAAGUACGCCCAGAGUAUGAAGCAAGAUGUCAUCACAUUGUAGUCAAUGAAAUCACACAGAAAGAAGAGCAUGUCCCAUAUACAACCUGUGGAAAGUGUGUGCGGAUGACCUUCUGUACGAGUGCUGUCCUUUUCUGGAUCUUGCUCAUUAUCGCCUCAGUGAUUGGCAUAAUUGUGUACCGGCUGUCUGUGUUUCUGGUGUUUUCAGCAACACUCCCAAAGCACAUUAAUGGUACAGAAGCAAUCCAGAAGUAUCUAACUCCACAGGCAGCAACUUCAAUCUCUGCCUCAGUCAUCAGCUUCAUAAUCAUUAUGAUUCUGAACAUGAUCUAUGAGAAGGUCGCAAUCAUGAUUACUAACUAUGAACUACCCAGGACGCAGACUGAUUAUGAAAAUAGCCUGACCAUGAAGAUGUUUUUAUUCCAAUUUGUCAACUAUUAUUCUUCAUGUUUCUACAUUGCAUUUUUUAAGGGUAAAUUUGUAGGCUACCCUGGUGACCCGGUUUAUUGGCUUGGAAAAUACAGAAAUGAAGAGUGUGAUCCAGGUGGAUGUCUUCUUGAACUUACAACACAGCUGACAAUAGUAAUGGGAGGGAAAGCAAUCUGGAAUAACAUUCAAGAAGUGCUUCUUCCAUGGUUUAAGAAUCUGAUCGGAAGAUGUUGCACUGCUGCUCGGUCGGAAAUGAUUGUCCCACGCUGGGAACAGGACUACCACCUGCAACCAAUUGGCAAGCUUGGAUUGUUUUAUGAGUAUCUUGAAAUGGUUAUACAGUUUGGAUUUGUGACCUUAUUUGUGGCAUCAUUUCCUCUGGCACCUCUUCUGGCUGUAAUUAACAAUUUGCUGGAAAUACGUGUGGAUGCCUGGAAGAUCACAACACAGUUCAGGCGUAUGAUUCCUCAAAAAGCUCAGGACAUAGGAGCAUGGCAGCCAAUCAUGCAAGGAAUAGCCAUUCUAGCUGUGGUUACAAAUGCAAUGAUCAUUGCUUUUACGUCGGAUAUGAUUCCCCGCCUAGUUUAUUACUGGUCAUUUUCAGUUCCUCCCUAUGGGGAUCACAGCAGUUAUACCAUGAAGGGGUACAUAAACAACACGCUUUCAGUUUUUGCUAUUGCAGACUUUAGAAAUGAAAGCAAGCCAGUCUUUCCAUGGUUUAAGAAUCAAACAACAUGCAGAUACCGGGAUUUUCGAUACCCUCCUGGACAUAAACACCAGUAUGAACACAAUAUCUAUUACUGGCAUGUUAUUGCUGCCAAAUUAUCUUUCAUCAUUGUCAUGGAGCAUCUCAUCUACUUUGUGAAAUUCAUCAUUUCCUAUGCCAUUCCUGAUGUGUCACAUAAAACCAGGAGCAAAAUUAAGCGACAAAAAUAUCUGACACAGAUACUCCUGCAUGAGAAUCCUCUGAAGUCUAUGAAGAAAAAUAUGGGGAACAUCGCCAAUAAAAUAUUCAAAGGAGCAGAUGGCAGUUUCCGGCCUAAAUACGAAUAAAAGCUUUACAAACUGAUGGUGUCUUACCCUGUGGAAUUGCAACUGAGAUGUGAAAGUUUUUACCAGAAAAAAAGAAGAUUUGACCCAAUGUCUUGGUAGAAUAAUGACAAGAAAAGAAGCUAAUAUUUAGAAAUCAGUUUAGCUACUUAUUGUGGACUGAUAAACAUAGGAGAGUUUGAUGUAAAAUUGUGGUCCAUUCUUCACAGCACAAACAAUAGCUCAUUCCGCACAUGCAGAAUAAUGCACUUUCAAACUGCUUUCAGUGCUCUUUGAAGCUGUGCGGAAUGGCAAAAUCCACUUGCAAACAGUUGUGAAAGUGGUUUGAAAACGCAUUAUUUUGCGUGUGUGGAAGGGGCCAAUGUUAAAAAGAGACAAUUGCUUAUUUUCAUUCUGCAUAACCAGAGGCAGUUUCUGGUGUGUUUUCCAGACAGCAAAGACAUCAGAGGAGAAAAGAUACUUUUCCCCACUCAACUGUUUUGUUCUCUGUUCAGUGUCACCCUCAACUUGCGCCCGACAUUUUGUGUGCAGCUAAAGGGAUUCUCCCUGCCACCAUUUGCUGAAAGUUGCCCCAGGACAUUUGCUCUACAGGCUCUGAUCCUAGGCACCUUUUCAGCCCCAAAAGCAUAGUUAUAUUCAACUUGUCCCGCUGAUUCUGGCAAUAUAUAGUUUUCCUUUUUUAAAAAAAUUCAACGAGCUGUCUCUGUAGCUAUGCAGUUACAAAUGUGAGAAUUUUUCCCACUUGAAAGACAGGUCUGCUAUCCAUUAAAAAGUAUUGGGUAGGUCUGCCCUCUGUGGACCAACUUUAGUUUUUUUCUAAAGUGGAUUCCACAUUUUCUAAAGUGGAUUCCAAAAACAGCAGUGUGAAAACAGUGUGAAAUGGUUUAAAAUGAUGUAAAAGGGUUUACACCAUUUUCACACCACUGUUUUUGGGCCACGAAGAAUCCACCUUACUUUACAGAAGAACGAAGUCGAUCCACAGAGGGCAGGUCUACCCAGUGCUUUUCAAUAGGUGGCAAACCCAUCAUCCGAGAAGCUAAGAUUCUCAUAUUUGUGUAGGUGUAGCUAUGGAGAUAGUUCCACAAAAAAAAUUAAAAAGGAAAACUAUAUAUUGCUCAAAUUGGCUGACCAUCUAAGUAUAACUAUGUACUUUUUGGGCUAAGAAGGCACCCAGGAUCGGAGCCUGCAGAGUAAACAUCCUGAGCCAACCUUUAUCAAAUGGUGACAGGGAGAAUCCUUUCAGAUGAACACAAAAUGAUGGGAGCAAGCUGAGGGUGAAACUGACCAGACAGUAAAAUAAUUGGGCUGGAAAAAUAAGUUGCCUCCUGAGCUCUGCAUUCCUCACAGCCAGGCAGGAUAUGUCUUGCAGGUGGCUUGGGGGGAAAGAUGCACUUUCUUUCCCUAACCCCUGGGCUCCCUAGUUUAAACUUUUUCUAGAAAAAAGACACCUUGGUCAGAAAUAAGGCAUCUUGAGGACAUCUUGGGGAAAAAUAUGUGCAGAAUUCCUUCCCUAGAUACCUUUUUUAAGGUCAUCAGGAGGUCUUAUUUGUGCUGUGCAGAAAACAGGCCUGUGAAUUGUGCCUUCCAAUUCUAGGUCAUUUGAUGUGAUAUUUAGAAACUGAGACUUAAAAAUGGUACCAAUUCAGUGAACAGAUUUUGAGUACCUUGAUCACUUUAUCCAAUUUAUUAAUAGCCCUAUGCAGACAAUAAAUCUGGAAAUAAAUGUUCAUGGGGUGGGGAAGCUCUGGAUUGUGCCUACUUGUUCAUCCUCCACCUUCAUACCUUAUAGAUCCCUGUACUCAGAUCUGAAGUAUGUUGAGUGUACAUGAGCAUACCUACUGGAAAAAUUAUGAUCACUACAUGGAAUUGGGGUAGGGCCAGCGGACAUGGGCUGGAGUGUCUUCAGUGGAUGCGUAUGAAAAUACAGACAUUUUAUUCCUUAAAAGGACUGAUUUAAAGAUAUUCUCUUACAACUGAAGGCUAAACUUGGGGUGCACUGUCAUCACCACUGCAGAAGGCUACACUGAGAAGCAUCUCAGUAAGCAAAUGUUUAGUUUGGCCCACACAUACUGAAGUCCCUCUGGCUUUCCUCAUAUGACUUCAUCCACAACACAAGGACAUUUUUUUAUUUAAACCAGCUAGGAGUUUGGGACAGCUGUAGUGGUUCUUGAAAAUUAGAGGAAAAUGCAGCCACAAUCACUGGAACAGUGGCUGAACACUGGAACAGUCUCUGUGAACCACUCCAGGAUUUUCAGACUCUCCCUUUCAACUGCAUUCUUGCUUGCUGUUUCCACUAUAAAUAAGCUGAGAAGUGGGGGUUUUCCAUAGAGCCACAGACUCCAAAGGUUUAACUGAAAAUUCAGUUCAGAAUCUGGGACUGCAAAGAUGUACAGCACUGACUUCGAUGAUUUGUAAGCUAUGUAAAACCUUUGGAUUGGCCAACUGAUGUAAAUACUAGUAACAUAACCCUAUGUCUUUGGUAGAGUAAUGCAGUACAGUAAAUUCAACUUGCUUUAUUUCAGGCUUUAUUUCUAGAGAAACAAUUUGCUUCAUGGAUUUUGAUCUGGAGAAUAUCAAUUACAUUUUUAUUUCACUUUUCUUCCACAAAGCUCGUGCUUGUGUACCUGGUUCCCAUUUAAUCUUUACUAAAACUCUGAAAAGUAGGUUAGGCUAUAUGAGUGUGAAUGGCACAGGGCACUCAGGCAACAUCAUGUCUGAAUUGGAUAUUGAAUCUACUUGGAGACCAAAACACCUGUUUGUCAUCAUAGCUGGCCUAUCGUGCAGGUCUCAAUUUGAUAUGAUCAUGCACUGCCCCAACCUGACCUUAACAUAUAAUAGCACCCACCCAACAGGAAGGGUUGCAACUUGAAGGGAACAUCAACACUACUUUCACAGGCAUGCAGAAGUACUCUGUGUAGCUUCUGGAUCUUGGCCUUUUUCUCUAAUUAAUGGGAUCCACUGUACAUGAUACAGAGAAAGAAAGAGAGAUUAUAUGUAUGUGUGUCUGUACAAAAUUCCCAUAUUCUGAAGAGAUCCACAUGGUCUAUUCUUUUGAUUUCUGAUUCAUAAGAAACAAAUACUUCCAGUGGGAUGAGCUGAUUGCUGUGCCACUACAGAGUAGUCUGCCAUUAAUUAAAAAACCGUGGUUUUCAGCACAUUAGAAAUAUUGGGUAAUGCCUUCAAAUUAACUCUGUGCAAAAUUCUAUCUGAUCUCAUAAAGAUCCUGAAUAGAUAAUCAGUCAGUUUCAGAUUACAUCUAACAUACAUCUUUAUUAAAGUGCUUUUCCAAAGUAAUAGACAAAUGUAUAUAUGAUGACAAUGUACACUAUCAUUGGGACCACUGACAUAGAACCAUACUAAACAGAGUUAUUUCCUUCUAAGCCCAUUAACUUCCAAUGGAUUUAAUAGGAUGUCAUUCUGUUAACUUACUUAUGAGUAGGAUCCAUUGAUCCACUAGUAUUUACUCACAUUUUAUUAUGUACAGUAUCGAUGACAAUAUAUGAUAUAUAUGUACCAAGAAGUACCAAAACUGUUUAUUCAUACAAAAUUAUUAUAAACUUCAGAAUUGUGAAGCUAUGUAACCUAUUGAUGGAGUGCCAUUUUGUUUUAAUUAUGGUAAGGGAAAAGAAUCUCAAUAGGCAAUACUUAAAAAUAUUCUCUAUUUUUAAUUUGUUAUAGUCCCUCCAUUUCCAGACUAUAUUUUGCUAUGGUCAUAUGGAUUACUUCUGUGAGGUCUGGUUUUUGGAAUGCUGAGAAGCAGAAAUCAGAGAUCCAAUCUAGCAACCAGACUAGAAAUAAAAUGACUUUGUAUCCA